AUGGACGCCUUCUCGUUCGUCGUCGAUGUCAUCAGGGCGGCAAGAAAAAGGUCGGCACGUGAUGCGGCCAACACCACCACCCCGACAAGUGCCUUGGAGCCACCCCUCGUCCCAAUGCCGCCGCCGGACACGGAGACGGCAGUUAUCGUCGAUGACGAGGGCUACACGUUGUACAUCGUACUUGGCGGCCUUGUUCUGGUCGGCGCUGCCGGCGCUGUGGUGUGGGGUCUUGCGGGGCUGGCCGGCCUGCUGGCUGCGGAAGUGCCUCCGGACGCCGGCGACGACGGCCACCCAACGACCGGCAUCGUCCUCCGCAUGGUCGUUCAAGCCGGUGCUUCAGCGAACGCGGUCGCCAUGGGAAUCGCCGCGGCCUUCGGCCAUGCCCCGGCUGUCCCUGGCGUCGGCAUCGACGGGGCGCCUCCCGGCGCAGGAGGUGCUCCUCCCCUUGGCAGCGGCGGCCUCAACGGCGCGCCUCCCGGCGCAGGAUGUCCGACUCCCCCUGGCGGCGGCGACCAGGGCGUGGCUCCCGGAGCUGCAGGAGGUCCGCCUCCACCUGGCGGCCGCGUCUAG